GGUCGAAAUAGAAAAGAAGAAAAUAUCGGGGCGAGACAACUGCUUUGACUUGUUACUGCGCAUCGACGAGUUUAUAAACGAAACCAGCCCAGACACAGCACACCCGAGCACACACAACGCGCGCAGUCCUUUAUAUUUUGGAGGGGUCGGGCCAGCUAGCGCGAAGAAAAGUGUCCAUUUCAAGCACUCCUCCUCCUUCCCAUCUCCUACCUAGAAAGACAAUGGUUCGACAGUCCAACUUUUCCUCCCUACACCCGUCAACAGGAGCCAUAACUCUGACACCCAACCACUAUGACAAACGCGCAUUGACGUGUACAGACCCACUUGCCCUUUCACACAGCCUGCUGAACUUGACGUACUUGACGUGCACACAUGCAAGAAUAGCGCAGGUACUGGCUGUCGACGGCGGGCUAGAGUGUCUGGUGAGGAUUGUGCUGAAAGGAGUACAGAAAGUCAGUGUGGCCAAAGGAGCGCGAGCACAGCAAUGGGGAGUGUGCAUUGUGGCCGGAGUGUGCUGUCUGAGCAACGUUGCUGUCCGUGGAAAUCAGCGACUGCGGCGACGUUUGGUGGAGGCCAAGGUGAUCCCGGUCUUGAUUGUUGUUUUGAGCGGCGCCUUUGCGGCGGGAGGCGGGAAAGGUCCUGCGCUAAAGACGACUGCGGACGGUCAGGAUGUCCUUUCUCCACUGGCGGCGGCUGCCAUGGCCGUUGAAUCACAGGAUGGUUCGCCCAACAUGCCUACCACGUACCCACAAUCGUUGCAACCCGAACUAUCCGCAACUACAGCAGAUUCCCUUCCACCAGAUAACUCCAACGGGACAUUACUUGGUCUUCCGAGUCCCAAUCUCUCAAGCACCGCAGAUAUAGAACAGACAACAUCAACAACAACGACGACGACGACGACGACGACGACAAGUUCAAUCACGACUCCUCUUGUACCUGCCUCCACACAUCCUACGCUUCUGCCAGCCUUGAAGCUGACUGCAUACCUCUCGAAAUACGCCAGUCUCCGGGCACACCUCCAUGGCAGCACACCCAAUAUUUUUGCACUUACGGAACACUUUACCGGUCCCCAAUAUAAUCCAGAGAUUCGACGAUGGGCAAUCAUAUGCAUGAGAAACGCGUUCAAAAGAUCCGACGGAUGUCAGCCCUUUCGAAGAUGCGGCAACUUUGGACCGGAAAAGAGAUUCGAAAACGCCUGUGGGCGCGUAGAAAAAAUCGAAAGAGAAUUUCUAAAAUGCUCACGGUGUAGAAGGGUUGUGUAUUGCAGCAAACAAUGCCAGCGCGCGUCAUGGAUUGCCCACCGAAAUUGGUGCUUGAAAGUUGAGGGACGAUGUGGAAGUUUGGUAGAACGUGAAGCAAGCAUUUCGGGACGGGGAGAUGAAGAGCGCUUGGAAUCAUAGUCGACCGCUGGUAUAUACUUGGAGAUGACUGCGGGAUCAUCCAUACUUAAUGAGAUUUAUAUGCAGUUUUAUCCUAUGGCUACUGUUUGGAAUAUAUAAUAGAUAUUGCGUACCAAUGGCCCUCA